AUGUCUCUCCCACAGGCUUGCGCUGUCCUCGUAUGCAUUCCGCUUGUUUGCGCCUCACUCCCGAGUCUCAACAAUACCAGUAUCAUCCAUACACUCGAUACCAGCGACUCUCCAUGCAGCAAUAACACCAGAACCUUGUGGAACAUUCUCUUGAGCUGUGGCUUAACUCUAUUUGCAUGUACAUGGACUGCAAUUCAUACCAACAUUCCGGGUAUGGACGAGGCAAAAUUUGCCAUUACCUCUCGUCGUGUGUUCAUCAUGGUCAUGGCGUUGAUCGCCCCAGAACUCAUCACCACCUGGGCCACACGGCAGUUUUUCAGCGCCCAAUGGACAAUGACCCAUGGGUUCUUCGCAUGGAUGGGUGGAUUUAUGCUCUAUGUUGAUGGCAAGCCGCGAGCUACUCUUGCUCCUGAUGAACUCCUGCGGUUUGUUCGUGACGGAUCCGUCGAUAUUCCUCUUAUCUCGGAGGCCGAGAUAGAAGAUCGAAGUAAGGGUGAUGCACUAUCGAAAGGUAUCGCCCUUCUUCAGUUGUUGUGGUUUGUCAUUCAGCUCGUCGCCCGUUACGAUCAGAACCUUUCGACCACCCUGCUUGAAAUCAACACCUUGGCUGCAGCUGCUCUGACCUGCGUUUUAUAUGGCUUGUGGUGGAAGAAGCCCAAGGAUGUGGGAUGCCCUUACGUUGUUCAUUGGAAGGGAAGAGCAUCACCGAUCGGCUUCACCUACGAAUCAGAUGUAACUUCCUUUGAUGCUUCCCCUCUCAAUUAUAUCACAUAUCCCUUUACCAGUCUUAUGGGCUUUGGGGCCGAUAUUUCCCCCAGUGCUGCCCGUUAUCACCGUGUCCCAUCUCUAGGUGGCUACGGUGAGUAUAAUGCUAAGAUAGUACUUGUCAUUGGAUGUUUCAGUGGGAUGGUGUUUGGAGGGAUACAUUGUCUGGGCUGGAAUUACUUAUUUCAUAGACAUGCAGAACACAUGUUAUGGCGUGCGGCUUCCAUUAGCAUAGCAUGUGCGCCGGUACUUAUUUUGCUUCAUUGUGUGUAUUUGAUGUGGACAUUCAGUUUUGCGUAUUUGGGCGGGGUGAUCGCGGUACUCCUUAUGUUCAUCAGCACUUUGAUAUAUAUUGUUGCACGCAUUAUGCUAAUUGUACUCAUGAUAAUGAGCUUACGAUCGCUGCCUCUUGGCGUAUACGACACAGUAGCUUGGACUACGUUUAUUCCACAUUUCAAUAUGUAGUUUCAUUACAUCGUUGUAUCAGAGUACUGGUUCUUCCGGGAUCACCGUCAGAAUCAGAGGUGCGGGUACGGAUAAGUUCGAACAUAGCAGGUCGCCAUUCUAGACUAUGGAGAACGCUCACAAUUUAUCAGUAAGGUUGAAAUCGACCUUCUCGACAAAGUCGCAUGACGCGUGCUUUCUCUUGCUGGCCUUAUGCCUCAACAACC